CAGCGCUUGAAUUUGAAGCUUAAAUGCCGUCGUAGAAGCGCAACUGCAGCUGUGAACCACGCCUUGUGCCACCUUCCAGCCGAACUCAUCAUACGGCACAGCUCCAGGACGAUAAACGUGCUCACUGCUGCCCUCACAGUGCACAGGAUGAAACUGCUCCGGGCUGCCAUUGCGGCGGCAGCUCUGGCAGUGGACGUGGACGUCGCAGUCGGACCAUUCGGGCCCAUACAAGGCGCCGAGAACAGACUGCUCGCGCGCCUGCGACGAGACGCCGCGGGCAGCCGCAAACCCGCGGCGGCUGCACGCGUUUCGCAUCCGACAGGCCUCCUAGUAUGGGGUGAGAGCCUCUUCGCGACCGAGUUCCGACGCGACCGCGUGCUCGUGGCGUCGACGGCGCGAGCGGCAAAGCGAGAAGGCUCUACAAAGUUCGCUAAAGGCUGGACGGUCUUUGCUGAUCGUGGGAGGCACUGCGCGACGACGCGCGGGAAGGUGCGCUGCGCACGGCUCGACGGCGCGUGGGGCCUCGCAUCAGACGCGGCGCGUGGCCUGCUAUUCGUCUCGAGCUUCGGAAGCGACGAGGUCCUGGCGUUUUCCGAGGGGGGCGAUUUCAAGUACGCUUUGACUGGUGAUCUCGACUGCCCGGAGGGCCUGGCACUGAACGGCGAUCAGCUAUACGUAGCGAGCUUCCUCGAUUCUCGGAUUGUCGCGUUCGAUCUAUCGACGCGGCGCGGAAGGACGCUCGCCCUCGGACCGCCCGUCGGCGUCGACUACGAGUCUCUUGCCUUCGUGCCGGCUGCAUUCGACGACGAGCUGUCGGCUCGCGCCGCGAGGCAGCGCGCCGCAGAGAUUUGGAACGAAGACGCCGAAUCUGCGCCGUUUGUCGACCGCCUGCGGGGCCCCGAACAGCUCGUUGUCAUAGGGAAUGCGACGCUUGCAGUAUCUUCGCUUCACAAUGAUUCCGUCUUGACGCUCGACCUCGCGACGGGCGAGCUCAUUGAAGUCAUUGUCGAUGGUGCCACGGACGACGAGCUUUCGGGGCCGCUGGGCGUGGCCAGUGCAGGCGCCGCCGUGGCCGCGGCGGCCGACACCGACGAAGACUGCAGCGACGAAGACGGCGGGCUCCUCGUGGCGUCGUAUCGGUCCGACGUCGUCUCGGUGGUGCGGAACUGCGGAGGUGUCGCGCCACUGCAGCUGUCGGAUAGGCGGCUUCGAGGGCCAGUAGCCAUUGCUCACGAUGAAGAAGACCCGGGAAGCCUCUACGUCGGCGCAUACGAGGCGAGCGCGGUUUUGUAUUUCAACGUGUCGGACGCAGGCGCGGAUGCAGCGCUCCUUCGGCGCGUCGCCGACCGAGUCAUGUAAUGUUUAAAAGUU